AAAAAUAUGCAACUUUGUUAUUUUCACUACAGCAUUUUUCAUCGUACCAUAAUUUAGUGAAAAAGUUGUGAAUCCGUGUAUUUCUCGCGACAUUAAUUUUGAAUACUAUAAAAGCAUAAAAACGAAUUUAAAGUCGUUGUGUUCCAUAUAUAUUCAUAUUUAUCAAAUUAGUUCUUCUUAGAUUACUUUCUUUCUACACCCUUUGUGUGAUACAGUCUCCGGUUAUUCAUCAAAACUUUCAUAUAGUUUAUACAUUUCACCAUAAUAUUAUUGUAUUUUGUCAGAGAUAGGAUUGUUUUCUUUUUAGCUAUAUACAAUUUCAGGAAUUUGUGAAAAUUUUAUUUUACUAACGUAUGUUUCUUCUUUUGAGCCAAUGUCUCCUAUCGUAACUUGCACACACACAUAAAUAAUCGUAUGAUAUUGAUUUACUUCAUCCAAUUAAAACAACUAAUAAAACAAAUUGUUUAAAAAUGACCGACAUUCAGAAUGUACAAAAUGUAUCGGACUGUGUGCCGUUAUAUUUGCCGCAUAGUUUAUAUCUUAAACCGCUGGCCAAGAUGACAAUAUCUGUGUCAUUGCCUGUUAAUAAAACAGGCAAAUCUAUUUCCCACCUAGAUGUAAUGGAAAAAUUAAGUGCCGCUUUAAAGCCGGAUAAGUUCUUUGUUUUAAAAGCAUCAAAAAGCACAUUAGAUUUCAUACGCUUCGAAGCUGAGUUGGAGGACCGUACUAAAUUGCGCAGUGCCAUUUCUCGCAUAGAUGGAGUAUCGUUGCGUUUAUCUGGUUUUAGUGAAUCAUUUCGGGUGCGCGCCACCGAAACAAAGGAUGAAUUUCCCACCCGACAUGAUUGGGACUCAUUCUUUCGAGAUGCCAGCAAUAUGGACGAGAUGAAGGCUGGUGAACGUCCUGACACAAUACACCUCACCCACUUGCCCAUUCGAUGGUUCUGCCCCAGACAUAUGGAAAAUGACGAUAAUGUCAAACCGAGCGAAAGUAUCUUCAAACGCAUUUUCGAGAAAUUCGGUAGCGUUCGUUAUGUAGAUAUACCCAUAUGCGAUCCCUAUCGAAACAAAAUGAACGCCGAUAUUAAUGGAAUGAAAACAUUCAGCUAUGAUCAUGGAGUCCUCUUUGAAGCCUAUGUUCAAUUCGAUGAGUAUAUGGGAUUUGUGCGAGCCAUGGAUGACUUCAGAGGCAUGAAAUUGGUUCGCAAAUUUGUUGAUAAAACCCAAGCAAUCAACAUUAACGUUACCUUUGAUAAAACAAAACAUCUAAGCGAUGCGCAGGUUCAACGUAGGGAACGGGUACGAAAACGUCUGAUACAAAAGGCACAAAGUGAGGAAGAGGAGCUGGAAAAGAAGAAAAAGGAAGAGAUUGAAAGAUUGGAACGUGAAAGGCAAAAAGAAGAACAAAUAAAAUUAGAUGAAUUAGAGAAGCAACGCGAACGAGAAGAGAAACGCAAGGAGAAGCAUCUGAAGAAAAUACAGGAGAAAGGUCAAGUUGAAAUAUCCCAGAAAAUACGCAUCGAGGAGCGCAAAUUAAUGAUUGCCCAAAGAAAGUUGGAGAGUAUACGAAUACUAGAGCAACUAUUUGACCGAAUCAAGUUAAAACAUGAAGGCAAAUAUUCCAAAUUAGGUGCUGACACUCACAAGACGGAUCUUCGCGAUCGCUUGGUCGAGAAAUAUAAAAUGGCCACUGAAAAAUUGCUCACCGAACAGAAAAAGAAAGUAGAAGAAAUCAAAACUAAAACCCCACUGAUGGGCCUUCUAAAAAGUAGCCGAACCCGUCGCUCUGAAAGUUCCGAUGUCGACGAAGCUAAAUCGAAAGACAAACCUAUGGUCGCUCAAUCUACUACCGAUCCAGGAAGUGUACCUACAGUACCUAACGUUGGUUUGAAUCCAUUAAACCCCUUCAAAGCUGUCGCAGCAUUGGCUGCAGCUGGUGGCGCAGGUGCGGGUACUUUGCCUCCUGGAUAUCCAGCUGAAGCUGCCAGCGAAUGGAUGAAGUCCCUCUCUAUGUUCCCGUAUGUACCACCUGUGUUUGGAGGCAUGUCCGCGCUUUAUCGGCCACCCACAGCUUUCCCUGUCUCCAUGAACUAUCGCGGUUAUGCACCACGUAUACGUGGGCGUGGUCGAGGUAGUCGGGGGCGUGGAAGAGGUGGCUAUGAAACAUCGUAUUAUAACAGUUACAAAAAUAAUUACGACGAUGAACAGUAUGACGAAAAUGAUUACCGCAAGGAAUCGUAUUCUCGCUCAAGAAAUCGCUCACGCAGUCGCUCCUACUCCCGCUCUCGUUCACGUAAGCGUCACUACUCCAAACGCAGUCGAUCUCGCUCCCGUUCGCGAAGUCGUAGUCGCAGUCGCACACGGAGUCGAAGCCGUACACCUUCACGUUCCAGACAGCGCCGCUCACGCAGCCGAUCACGCUCAGAACGUCGUUCACAUACGCGUUCUUAUACGCGCUCACGCACACGCUCCCGAUCUCAUUCAAAAUCAAAAACAAGACGCACUUCGCACCCUCGAGAUGACUCCAAAACGCGUAAAUCGCGAUCACGUUCACGCUCCAAAAGCCCAAUACAACAACGUACCAAUAAAAAACUGGUAUCCACACGUCGUUCUUAUUCGACCUCCGAAUCAUCGCGCUCACGCUCCAAAUCCCGUUCGCGUACACACUCGAAGCGCUCUUGGUCCAGACGUGGAGAAAGGUCACCAGCGAAAAGACAAGUUGUGCUAGAAACUGACAAGCUAGUUCGAUCGGCAGAGGAAAUGAAACGUACAAUCGAAAAAGUCACACAAGAUCGUAUGCGACAGGAAGAACGUGAAAUAAAAGAGAAAUUCCGACACUGUAAGCCCAAUUCAACACGCAACGUGUCAAAUACUUCCAAUAUAGAUGCAGGGAAUGCAAUAGUGACAAGCUCUGAAAACGAUAUGAAGGAUACGAAAUAUAGUGGCAACGAUGAAAGUAAUGCAGAGUUAGUAGCAAAUUCAACUGGCCUAAGCAAUAAGAGCGAACGCGCCGAGAGAAGUCGCAGCAGAGAGCGUUCCCGUAAAUAUUCACAUCGCUCAUCUGGUUCAAGACGCAAUUCAUAUGAACGUGAAGCUAAUGCAAGUUAAAUAAAUUGAACGCUUAGAUUUAAUUCAAAAUAUAUAAAAGUAACAUAGACGAAACAAUUGAUUUAGUUUAAAAGAUAUAAAUGUAUGAUGUACAUUUACGCCAAUAUCCAUAAGUAAAUAUUUAAGUAGCUAAGUAGAGUCCUCAAAAAGUAAAUUAUUUAAUACUUGCAUUAUGUAUUAAAAUUGAAAAUACAGUUGUUUGAAUAACGA